AUUGAGUGGUUUGCUUUUGCCUCUGUUGUUCAUGAAAUGUUUUAGAAUGGAAGUUUGAGGCUUGACUUAAUUAACAGCGUGGAAAAGAAAUCCUCUGUGUGUGCCCAUUGUCUUUCUUGGUUUUCUUUAUUAAUUUUUGGGUUGUGGAGUUUGUCCUUUUCUUGAACAAACUGAUUUUGACUUUCAUGAUGGUGGUGAUGACAUUGCUUAGGUUUUACUUAACUUUUGCUUAUUUGUGUUUAUGGAAUUUUGAUUGAUUUUUCUUUCUUUUUUUUGGUUGAGAGAAUGGGAUUUUGAUUGAUAAAAUAGGGUUUGUGGAUUCUUUGAUGAUGGGAGGCUCCAGUUAUUGGAGAUAAAGAAAACUAGUUUGCUAAAUUGCGCUUAGUAUAUAUAUAUAUAUAUCUUAUGCGUUGUGCAGAUUCUGCUCAAGAACAUUUUAUUCUUGGUGGACCAGUUGUUGUGUCUUUGGUUUUAGAUACUAAGAAAAACAAGGCCUGGAACUUGGAAGAUAGCUAAUCUGCAGCACACUAUGGGGGAAGAUGAUGAUUAUACCAACGAUGGGACUGUGGACAUCCAUAAAAAUCCUGCUAACAAGAAGAAGACUGGAAAUUGGAGAGCAUGCGGCUUUAUUCUUGGAAAUGAAUGCUGUGAAAGACUGGCAUACUAUGGAAUGAGUACCAAUCUAGUGAACUAUCUUGGGAAACAUCUCAGCAUGGGAAAUGUCGCUGCAUCAACCACUGUUACUAAUUGGUCCGGGACGUGCUACGCCACUCCAUUGAUAGGAGCCUUCCUAGCUGAUGCAUACUUGGGAAGAUAUUGGACAAUUGCCAUCUUUUCAGUUAUUUAUGCUCUUGGGAUGACUUUCUUAACACUCACUGCCUCUAUCAAAGGACUAAAACCGUGGUGCGAUAAAUCUGGUUGCCAGGCAACAUCAUCACAGAGAGCAGCCUGCUUUGUAGCACUGUACAUGAUUGCACUUGGCACUGGUGGAAUCAAGCCAUGCGUUUCAUCUUUCGGUGCAGAUCAAUUUGAUGAAACUGAUGAGACUGAGAGGAAGAAGAAGAGCUCAUUCUUCAAUUGGUUUUACUUGUCAAUCAAUAUUGGUGCACUUAUUGCUUCCACAGUUUUGGUCUGGAUACAAAUGACUGUGGGAUGGAACUGGGGGUUCGGAAUCCCAGCGGUUGCAAUGGCCAUUGCUGUUGUGUUCUUUUUCUUUGGCAGCAAGUUAUACCGUCUUCAAAAACCAGGAGGGAGUCCCCUCACAAGGAUUAUUCAGGUCAUUGUUGCAUCCAUCAGGAAAUGCAAUGUAAAAGUUCCAGCUGACAAGUCUCUUCUCUAUGAGACUCCAGACGAGGAGUGUAAUAUCCAAGGAAGCCGCAAGCUUGAGCACACAGACAAGCUAAGGUUCUUCGACAAGGCUGCUGUGGAAUCAGAAACUGACCAUGCCAAGGACUUGCCAAAUCCAUGGAGGCUCUGCACAGUGACUCAAGUAGAGGAGCUAAAGUCCAUUAUCAGAUUGCUUCCAAUUUGGGCAUCUGGGAUAGUCUUUGCUGCAGUAUACAGUCAAAUGAGCACAAUGUUUGUGCUGCAAGGCAACACAAUGGACCAACACAUGGGCCCAAACUUCAAGAUCCCAUCAGCUUCCCUCUCCCUCUUUGACACAGUCAGUGUCAUUUUCUGGGCUCCUAUAUAUGACCAAGUCAUUGUCAAAUUGGCAAGGCGGUUCACUGGCCAUGAAAGAGGGUUCACCCAGCUGCAAAGGAUGGGCAUUGGCCUUGGCUUGUCCAUAUUUUCCAUGGUUGUUGCUGGGAUUUUGGAAGUUGCUAGGCUUGGCAUUGUGAGGAAGAACAAUUAUUAUGACCUUGAGUAUAUACCCAUGUCAAUUUUCUGGCAAGUUCCUCAAUAUUUCAUCAUUGGAUGUGCAGAAGUGUUCACUUUCAUUGGACAGUUGGAGUUUUUCUAUGACCAGGCACCUGACGCCAUGAGAAGCUUGUGUUCUGCUCUCUCACUUACCACAGUUGCUUUGGGUAAUUACCUCAGUACUCUGCUUGUUACUGUGGUAACUAAAGUUACCACAAGAAAUGGGCACCUGGGUUGGAUCCCAGAUAACUUGAACAGAGGCCAUCUUGACUAUUUUUACUGGCUCUUGGCUGCCCUCAGCAUCAUCAACUUCUUUGUGUAUCUGUGGAUUGCUAAGUGGUAUACUUACAAGAAGGUGACAGGGCAGACGAACUCAUAGAGGUUACAGCAGAAAGGCACUAGGAGGAGACUGGCGCUUGUGAAUCUUAUUGCUGGUCUGCCAUUGUAGUUUCUUUUUCUUCUUCUCUUGUUUUUUUUUUUUUUGGAGAUAUUUAGUGAUAUAUCCAUUCUUAGU